AUGAACGGUGGCAAUGCUUCAUUCCUUAGAUUCCCAAUUAUCUCAAGCUUGCCUGAAGAUUUGAAAAUAUCUACAAUUGAAUCAUAUGAGAAUCAUAUCUAUAUAGGAACAGAGGAUGGGGAAUUAAUACAUUACUUUGAGAUUGAAAGUAAAGAAUACAUAAUGAUAUCACGGAUAAAAUUCGAUGAAGACUGUGACAAACGGAUUGACAAGAUUAUUCUUUUACUCGACAUUGAAAGGGCGAUUGUGCAAUGUGAUGGACAAAUAGUUUUGUUUCUCUUACCUGAGUUUGCACCAAUGCCAAAUACCACCAGAUUAUCGCAAAUCAAUGAUGUGGUCCUAUUCAAGAAAAAUAGGAAGCACAAAAGUUACAGAAUUUUGUUGUUUAUGGAUGAUUGCUUGAAAAUGUUGAAAUUAAAAGCCACAUCAAAUCUCGAAGUUACAAAUACAUUCACACAUUUCAGGAACAUCAAACAUGGCGUACCUCAUGAAAAUAUAUUAAUGGUGUCAAAAUCUAGUAGCUACGAAAUUAUAAAUUUAACUAAUCCCAACAAUACAAUUCCCUUAUUUAGGAUUAGUGAGCAGGAUAAUACUGAUCUUGAACCGAUAAUACUUGAUCUGAAUGGGGAAGAUCAAUUUUUAGUAUGUUCAGGAGGCGGUUCUUUAGAAGAUAAUUCUAUGGCAUUAAUAGUGAAUCAUCAAGGUGACAUCGUUCAAGGCACCAACAUUUUAGAGCAUUACCCCAAGCAUUUAAUCGUUAAUUUCCCAUUUCUACUUGUGGAAUAUUAUCACACAACUGAAAUAAAAAUCUAUAAUAUUAGUGACAAAGGAACAGAUGAUGAUAACAACUUGGAACAGAUAAUUCAAAGCACCAAUGAGGGUGAUCUAAAAAUCUUCCAAACUACAAAUAAUUUUAGAAAUAGCCUGAUUAACGAGGAAAAAUCAAAAUAUAUCGUCAAUAAAUUAAGAAUGGCACCCUUAGACGAAUCUAUUAGUGACAGUAACAUAAGGGUUGAAACUGAACUGCGAUAUAUCGACGAACUUUACAGAAAUGGUAUUAGUACAUCUAUUCUUCUAAACGACGCAAAUUCGUUAUUUGGACUUUUGAAGGAACCUAUUUUUACGAAAGUUAAUCAUUUCAAUGAAUCUGGAAUCUCUGAAAUAAAAAACUACUUGGACAACUGUCGCGAAUUUCAAGGGACAAGGAUCACUAAAUUUGAUAAAUUACAAGAAAGGUAUCUCAUCUUGUUAUAUCUUUUGCUAUUACUACUACACUGUAAAGAGAUCGAUAGAGAGAUUAUUGAAACUUGGUGUACUUACAGUGGAAAAAUUGACAUCAAUAUACUAUUUUUCCUCUUCGAUAUGUCACUUCACACUGAAUUAAUGGUUUUUAAUGGACUACGUGAACUAACACUGAAUCUGAAGUCAUUAAAACUGGUACACAAAUGCGAGAAUGAAAACUUCAUAUUUAUUAUCCUAACUAUAGUGAAAGAAAAGAUACGAAAAGAAAGCCUACCCGUCGAUACGAUCAAGACCAUUGAUAUAAAUUAUUUCAUGGGAAAAAAGCAACUAGAAGGACCAAACUUUUUGGAAAACUUUUCUGUUGAUGAGUAUAGCGAUGAAAGUCUGGACAACAUAAUCAAAUGGCUUUUAACUGAAGAAGCUAACCAUAAAGAAGAGGCAUUACUGAAAAUAUACGAUAGGAAAAAUAUGCCAUGGGAAAGUUUAGAGAUUCUACGGCGCAACAAAUACAAACCAGAAACUGUCAUUAAUAUUCUUGAAUUUUUGAAGUUAAAUUUUGAAAAACUCUUAAGAAGUAAAAAUUACAAUAAAGAGACAUUGCUCGAGGAUUUGGUACAAAUUAUCAAAAACAGUCCCGAAAAUGAAAUAAUAAAGCAAUGCUUACAGCUUUCUAAAAAGGGAGAUAUUAGCCUUGAUGAGCUUUUAUCGAAAUUUAGCGGUGAUGAGACUCACAUCAAAGUACUAUUGUUAGAACAACUGGGAACACAAAAAACGAAAGACAUGGAGUUUUUGACCAGGUAUUACAUUAUGAAAUUAUGUGAGCUAUUCACCAGCACGACGCUUAAUGAUUUAUUGACCUCAUUUACUAAGGAGUACAAGGAUAACUUGAGCUACGAAAAAAUCAAGUUAAAAGAAUUUCUAUGUAUCAAAAUGAAAAAUAAUCUUGACUUCGAGGAAUUCCUUGAAUAUUAUAAUAAAAUACUGGGGCAAUUAGGUAAAAAUGAACAACAAAGUAGAAUCAUACCAAUAAUUAAUAUCGAGCUUGAGAAAAUAGAUAAGGACGGUAUCCUAAAAAUAUUGUUAUACGAUUACGGUACUGCAGAUGAAGAACUUAGAUUUGACACAGCGUUAUUAUAUAAUGACUUUCAAGAAGUGGAAAAAUUAACGAAUAAGAACAACUUUCUCAUCGUUUUCAAAAAAUACUGCAAUGAACUAAAAUCGAUAGAAUUGAUGAAGAAAUUGAUGGGGGCAAAUAUGAUAACCAUCACCAAGAAUAGAGAGAUAUUACUCCAAGUUUUCAAAGAAAUACCGCGUGAUCUUAAACUGAUAAGACUACAAUCAAUAUUAUUGAAUGUAACGAAAGAACUAUAUUUAGGUAGGGAGGAACUGGAAAUAAAAAAACUUUGUUGA